AUGGUACUCUUCAUUCUCAAAGACCUUCCUCCCAAGUCCCGCCUCCCCUCGCACCCCUCCCUCCCCUCCUCCUCCUCCUCCUCCUCCUCCUCCUCCUCCUCCUCCUCCUCCUCCUCCUCUCGUCCCUCCUCUCGUCACGGCAUUAGAACUCAGUCCUCCCGCUCUCGCACUUCCAACCUCCCCACCACCACCACCACCGCCUCCUCCGCCGCCCCUCAUCCAGCAUCCAUCUUCUCUUCUCUCCCCAACGGCCGCCCCUUGCUCACCUCGACCCUCGACCCAGCCGCAGCAGCAGCAGCAGCUUUUCUUCUCCCCGCUGCUCCCGCCGCUGCCGCUGGCUCUGCUGCUGGUAGUGGUGGUAGUGGUAGCAGUGGUAGCCGUGGUGGGGUUGGUGGUGGGGGUGGGGGUGGCAGUGCUGGUGGCUGUGGUAGUAGUGGUGCUGGGGUUGCUGCUUUAAGAGGCUCAAGGACAGGCGGGCAUGUAGGCAGUAACAGCAAUACAAUUGCCCGUCUCCCUGCUCCUACCCUCGCCCCUCUUCUACCCCAGUGGGUCGUUCCCCCUGAGGGGGAACCUUACUCUGUCCUCCCCCCGGCUGCUGCUGCUGCUGCCUCUUCUUUUGCUGCUCUGGCCGCUGCUGCUGCUGUGGCUGCAGCAGCAGAAGCAGCGGCAGCGGCAGCAGAGGCGGAGGAGCAAGGGAGGAGGAAAGGGAGUGGGAAGGGGCGCGGGAGAGGGAAAGGGCCCGGUGGGAGAGGGGGAGGAGGGGGUGCGGAGAGAGGGGGGAAGGGGGGAGGAGGCAGGGGAAGGGCGCGAGGGGAACUUCGCAUGGCCAGCUAA